UCGUAUCGUUAACUUGUUAAAACGAUCUCGUUUACUAGAACAUCGUGUUUACUAUGAGAUUACAGUUAUUUGUUUCAAGUUCACAGAUAUAGUUAAUAAAUUAUCAAUAUCGUUUAUACAGAGUAAAAUAUUAUACCUACAUUGUUUUAUAUCAAAAAUUCGUUUAUUUCGGUGUAUUUUUUUACUCUCCUCGUGUUAAUUUAAUAUGGUUGAACCAAUAGUAGAUACAGUCGAAGGCAAGUUGCGUGGUUGUGUCAGAAAAAAUUUAGACGGUGAAGAUUUCUACAGUUUUUUAGGUGUUCGCUAUGCCAAAGCACCUAUUGGAGAUCUUAGAUUCAAGGAUCCACAACCCUUAGAUGCUUGGACAGGAAUUAAAGAUGCAACGAACGAAGGCGUGCAAUUUUAUCAAAUUGAUAGUAUAACUACCAUGACAAAGGUUGUUUCUGGAACCGAGGAUGGUCUUCACAUGAAUAUUUUUACGAGAAAGCCAAUACUGCAGGGACCUGAACUAAACCCUGUAAUGGUAUGGAUUCAUGGAGGUGGUUUUAGAGAAGGUCGAAAUAAUACGGAUAUUUAUGGUCCUGAAUUUUUAAUGCUGGAAGACAUAGUUUUGGUAUCUAUUAACUAUCGCUUAGGAAUAUUAGGCUCGCUUAAGCUAGACGAUCCUUCAUUAGAAGUAUUUGGAAACGCUGGUAUGAAAGAUCAAAUAGCAGCUCUGAAGUGGAUUCAAAGAAACAUCCGAAACUUUGGAGGAGACCCUAAUAACGUAACAAUUUUUGGGGAAAGUGCUGGCGGAGCCUCAGUGCAGUAUCUAGUAUUAUCACCAGCUGCUAAAGGUCUCUUCCAUAAGGCUAUCAUGCAGAGUGGGGUGGUAAUAAAUACAUGGGCAUAUGGAUAUCAAUAUUUAAAGGAUUUAAUGGUCGCUGCUGGUAAAGAAAAUUUGAGCGAAAAAGAAUUGUUAAACUAUUUGAGAAGUUUAUCACUGGAUGAGGUGUAUAGAAUUCAAGAAAAAAUUAAUUCGCCAUUUAAAGGCACAUUUUCACCAAAAGCAGAAAAUCCAAACCCCACGGCCUUCAUAACGAAACAUCCAUUUGAAUAUCUAAUUUCAGGACAGUACAAUAAGGUUCCAAUAUUAAUGGGAUAUUGCUCAAACGAAUUAUUAUUAUUGAAAGCUUUACUACCUGAAGAUGAAUUGACCGUAACUAUUGAUCAAUUUACCCCUAAACAUGUUCUUACCCAAAUAUUGAACAUUCAGGAGGAUAGUGAAGUCUUUAAAAAAUUAGAUGAGAAACUUAAGAGUGCCUAUAAAAAAUUAGAUCAGUUUCAACUUAUAUCAGAUGUUAAUUUCAUAAUGGGAAUUAUCGGAUGUGCAAUAAACCAUGCUAAAACUUCCGACAAAGCUGUAUACCUAUACAGGCUAUCAUUAGAUUCAGAACGCAAUUACUUAAAAAGAGCGGGAAAUUUAAAAGAUCCAGGUGUAAGCCAUUUAGAUGAUAUUGGAUACCUAUUUAAAACAACGUUACCUCUUCCUGAUAAAGGUAGUCCUGAAGAUGGUUAUGUAAGGCGAUUUGUAAAAUUAUGGACAAAUUUUGCCAGACAUGGAAACCCAACACCAGAAGAUAAUGAUUUAGGUGUUAUUUGGAAACCUGUUGAAAAAAAUGUUACGAACUUUUUAGAUAUAGAUAAAAAAUUAAUUCCAGGAACGGAUCCAGAAAGUGAUAGAAUCAAAAUCUGGAAAGAGGUAUAUCAGGCGGAGAGUACAACGGCAAAAUUUUUAUAAAAAUGUGUGUAUCUGUUUCAUUUAUUUCAAUUAUAAAAUUUGUAUUUUUUUAUACCUACAUAAAAUACUUGAACAAAUAUUAAAAUAUAAUAAUUA